AGUGCAAGCGACCGCUCUUGUAAACAAACUCGGUCGAAACUUCGGCUCCGGACUCCGUAAGAUGAGCAGCAUUUGUCUGAAUGAGAUAUUUGCGUGUUUUCUCCUGUCAGUGUUAUACGUAGGAAGCUUGUAUAUUUGGAAUGCUACUCAGGGAAGAGACCAUCCAACCACAAUCAAGAAGCGCUGCAUCAGUGUCUUUUUUAUGACCAUUGUGUCCCCUUUUUUCAUAAUAUGGUUUGGAAACAAAAAUAUAGAAGAAAAGGCAAGUCUGUGGUCACAGAUGGGUUUACGGUGGGAGGGUCUCAUACCUGCCUUAAUUCUUCCAAUGAUUCUUACCUUUGUACUGUUCUUGGGCCCCAUAGUUCAGGCCCAUUUCGCUGUGCCAGUCUCUGCUAGCCUCCGAAUGUAUUUUGAGCCAUUGUACUGGUACAACACUGUACAGAAUCCAAUAUGGUGGCGCAAUCAAGUGGUGGCUCCGUUUUCUGAAGAGUUCACCUUCCGUGCCUGCAUGUUGCCAAUACUGCUGCAGUGCGUGUCUCCAGGAAAAGCCGUUUUUAUAGCUCCACUCUUCUUUGGAGUUGCACAUCUUCAUCAUGCUGUUGAUCGCCUGCGUUUGGGAAUUGAUCUUCCAUCUGUCAUAUUACUGUCAUGUUUCCAGUUCCUGUAUACUUCAGUAUUUGGCUUUUAUUCUGCAUUUUUGUUCAUUAGAACUGGCCAUUUCCUGCCCCUAUUUGCAGUCCAUGCCUUCUGCAACCAUAUGGGGCUGCCAGAAAUGAAGGAGAUGCUAAGCAAACCUACCCCUGUAAGAAACAAGUUAAUGGCUUUCCAUGUCGUGGGUCUGGUUGCCUGGUAUUUCCUGCUCUAUCCCCUGACUGAACCUUCAUUCUACAGCAACACUCUCUAUGUCUUAUGAAGUUAAAAGAUGCAGCUUAAGUUAAUGAUAGGAGCACUUUAGGUCUAAUGCUCAACUAGUUAGAAUGUUGUGAGAUCUUUUAGACCAUAAUGAUAGUUGUUGCUGCUGAUUUUUGGGGUUGUCAAACAAGAGCAUAAUUUCUCACUAAUCAAGAAUAGUUUAUAUCUGUGUUGUGCUACUAAUGUUAGGACUGUAAGACAUAAUGAUCUGAAACACAGAUUGGUUAAAUAGUGUAAUUUUGAUGAUAGGAGGUGAUGGAUGAAGAUACAUAAUCUAUACUCUUAUAUGAAAUGAUCUGAAAAAAGAAAACCUUUUUUCUCUUAACCAGAUAGAUGAUGCACAUUUAAUGAUCAUUUAGAAGCAGUUGUUCACACAUUUAGGGUGAAAUAAUUGUUGUUUAUUUAUGCCUGAAGGCAUAAACAUAUAUAUUGUUUUGAUGUACGUGUGCAUGGGUGUUUGUGUUUAUAUAUGUAUGCUUGUUUGUACUUCUGUCAUAUAUUUUACAUUAUAUUUGGUGUCCUUCUUUCACUAUUUGUAAAUUAUGAAUAUCUCUUCCGUUAAGAAUAUUAAUUACAGAUUCUGAGCAAACACUUUGAUGGGUCCUUGGAUCAUAAAACAUUGUGAUAACAUGCAUGAGUUUUCUCUCUGUUAGAAACUAGGUCCCAUAUAUUGGUCAAUUUUAACUUCAUUUGGUGUAUCUGUGAAUGUGGUAUUAUGUAUCAAUAUUAAUGAUUUUUCUCUUGUUUUGCAUAAAAUGUAUUAACUUUUGCUCUUUCAGUUUGAAUGUGGGCAGUGUAUUAACAAAAAUGUUAUUAGAUUUAGGCUCUGAAUUUUUACAUCUCUCUUAACUUCUUGAACAUUUGAUAGUGUGAUGCUUGUUCAUAAAUCACCUUCAAUUUUCCAGUACUCAUGCACACAUACAUGUACAAAUGCAUUUGCUUAUUUUGCACACAAUCACCAUGUACACAAAUUUAUUUUUUGUUCAGUAUAAAUGAGCCUUAUUUAGUAACAGUGUCACUUUUAAUGAAUAAACAAGUCUUAUAUAAAGAACUCUAAUUAGAAACAGUUGAAAAUUUGGAAUGGAUACGUAUUUCAGAAUUAUUUCAUCUGUUAUGAAUUAAUUACUUCCUAUGCAAAGUAAUGAAUUAAACUCUUUGGUUUAUUGCAUAUAUAAGCUACAUUUAUUUGCUAAAUUUCAAAUUGUUCAUUUUGGAUUUUUUUUAUGAUUUGUCUGUUUUUAUGUGAAGUGGAUUACAAAGUAUUAAGCUUUAUAUAUUACUGAAAAAUGGCACUGUUAUUUAUAUAAGAGCUCAUAUCUAAAGUGGUUACAGUAAGCAUAGAGUUGAUAAACUUUACUAUGCUUACAGUGGAGAAAAUUUGCAAGAGUAAAUUUUGGAUUCUGUUUUAGUAUAGAAGUUUUAGUCUGGUGAACAAAUGUCUGAGAAUCAUGAUAAAGAUGGAGUCAUUGGCUUAGAAUACCUUCAUCUUGGUACUGUUAUGGUUGGAAUAUGUUCUAAAGAUGAUUUAGAUAUGAGGAUAAGUACAGGGAAUUCAUGGAAAUGUUUCAGGAGAACAAAAACUUCAGGAUGACAGUAGUACUUAGGAAUUCAGGGUAAUGCUGUGUAUUUCUUGAGGGUAGGUUGAACUAUUGCAGUUAGAUACCUAAAAAAUAGGAAGGACAAAAGUGACAGUUGAAAUUGUGGUUUGUUUAGAAACAUAUGGUUUAUGUUUUUGCUUCUAGUGUUCCAGUGUGUUUACUUUUGUGCCAAAGCCACAGCUUUGAUUGUUUUCCUGGGGAUAACUUGAAAAGUAAAAAGCUGUAAUACUGAACAGUGAAAUGACAGUAAGUAAUAAUAAUAAUAUGACCAUUCCUAACCAAUAAACAGAGAGGAAAUCCUGAGCCUUGCAGUAUGAUUUGAAUGAAUUUGAGUAUUUUCACUGUAGAAAUUGUGAAAGAAAGUGGCCCUCUUUAUUGAAAAUUAUUCAUAAUGAAAAUCUCGGAAAUAUAAAUUUAUUUUUUUCAAUAUGAUUUUAUACUGAAUAUACCUUUGUUCUUCAAAAAAUAUAUUACUAUAAAUUUUAAAUAGUGUAAUAGCAAUUAGCUAUAAAACACAUUUCUGCCUCGUAUCUGCAUCUUAAUAAUAUUUAGUUGUAGAAUUCAGCUCUGCCUCUUAACUCCUUGACAGUGAAGUGUCACUGUCUUGGAUUUUCCCUCUGUGUUAAGAUGUAAUUCAUAUGAGAUAAAAAUAAGAACUAAAUUUUUGAAAAUAUGGCCUUAUUUAUUUUCAGAAGCAAAUCUGAGUGUAAAAAGUACAAAAUGCUGGCAAAUGGAAUCAUAUUUCAGUAAACUAAGGACGAUAAUAUAAUCUUGAAGCUCAAGUAAUUAAAAUUCAAAACUGCAUCAAUACUAUAGGAACAUCUUUCUGUUGGUGCAGUCUAUAUGCAUUAUAGUUUUUUAUGUAGACAAUAUGGCCAUAUGUUAUUUAGCUUACUUGUGCCACUUCCUUUUUGCAUGUUCAUAAUAUUUUACUUGUACCUAAAUUCUACAUUAUAUUUUUUUUCUAUUUACAUUACUGUCAUAUCUUUUACUUUUUCCAAGAAAACUGAUAUACAAUACAGGUAUCCUGUAUAAUGCCCCAUAGUUAUUUCAAGAUCUUCAGAGCUAGAAUAAAGUAAGAAUAGGUAGUAAAAUCUAUUGCUAAAGCAGAUGCCAACAUAAUGUGAAGAUGGUGAGAUAAUUUCUAGAAGUGCAAUAUGUUUUUUUUUUUUUUUAUCAUUUUUAGCAUAUUCAUUUUGCAUACAUCUAUUCUUGCUGGAAUAUUUGACCAUUAUUUGCAUUUUGCUGAGCACCUCAUUGCAUUUAUUUUACUGCAACAUCCCACAGGAUAUUAGUGUAGUCAUCAGUGAGGGAUGACUUUAUUUAUUACAGUCAUGGAAAGUGAGUGUCAAUAUGUUUGUGAAAGAUUAGCAAGAGACUGUAAUAGAUGCUUUUCCUCAUGUUUCAAGGACUGAACAUGUUCUAAACUGAAGUAGAGAACUGUAGGUAAUUGUGCCUUUUUUGAUUAAUUGUAUUUGUAAUACAGUGAUUUUUAGUGCAUUUAAGCAGCAAGCCUUUGUGGGAAUUCUUAUAGCAGCCAGUUCAUUUAUAAUAUGAGCUGAUCAGCAGUGUGCCAGAAGUUACACAUACUUUCAAAAACUCGUGAAGUAGUUGCUUUGAAAGCACUGUGCCUUCUUUCCCCAGAUGGUGGUCUAACUUCCCAGUAUUAAAAUGAAGUCCUAUAUUAUCAGUCAGCUCUCAUGUCUUUCUGUUAUGACCAUUCAUUAGAUCCUUUAAUAUUUCCUAAUGUUCUGUGUGUAAACUAGCAUUGAGACCACAGACUCAUUUCACAUUUGCCUCCUAUACAGGGGACAUGUGAAAUGUGCCUGUAGUCUCAAUGCUAAUGGAAUGGAAUGGCAAAAUUUAUAGCUGGUGGGAAAAUUAUGCACCUUGAAAUCAUUAAAUACACUUGGAUUUUAUACAAAGUUUAUAUUUUAUUUGAGAAAUCAUUUUUUAUAAUGCAAGUGAUGAGUGACUACCUCUCUGUUUAGAUAAAUGUUGACAGCUACCUGUAAAUUAUCAACACAAUUAUGAUUGUUGAGUGGAAGAGUCUAGAAACGAUACACAAGUCAGGUAUGUAUCUCUUAUUGUAAAUCUAAUUGUCUGUUAUUCUCAGGAGAAACAAAUUUUUUUGGAUUAGAGUAUCUUUUGGGAUAACGUUAUAUGACAAAAAAAAAAAAAAAAAUUCUUUUAACCCCAGUUUUACCAAGUCCCCCACACACUGGGAUAUAAAAUAUAUUGUUCAGUUUUAAAGGGGCCUGUUACUGUAAUGCUUUUUUGAACAAAGUCAGAUUUGCACAUGGUGCUAACAUCAUCAUGAGGAUCUAUAGCAAACAGAGUCACUUUUGAAUCAUCUUUAUAUGAUAGAAAGAUUGCUAAAAUAAUUGGUAAAGCUGAAAAAUAAAGUUACAAGGUUUUGAGUGGAUAGUGCCAUUGUAACAAGGUUUUCAUUGGUUUGCAAUUAGUAGUCAGAUUCCUAUGAAGGUAAACUAAGUCAGUUGGAGUUGAGUGUGAGGUGUAGAGAGAUCUGUAAAAUCAUUGGUGGAGCUCGUGGAGCUAAAGCUGAAUAAGUAAUCUACUAUGUCAGAAACUGCAAGGUACUAAACAGCAAUUGCCAUAUAGCAGAACUUUUUUCUGUAUCUGAAAACGAGAUGGCUGCAUUAUAAAGGUCAUAACAAGGGCAGAGAAUUAGUGAAACCAAUCAUAAUGUUCCUAGAUACACAAGUAUCUAUAAAUUUUUCUCAGUCCCUGCGUGGUGUUCAGCCUCAAGGUUGACAUGUACCUACAAAUGAUUAUUAAUAAUAAAGAGGUGAAUGGGUAAAUAAUCAUGGGAAUGUCAGUAAUUUAUUUAAUAAAUAUUUUCAAAGGAGUAAUGUAUUGUACAAAUUAGUUUCAUUUAUUUAAGGGAUUCUAUGUUGAAGCUAUCAAGGGUAAUAUAAAUUUAGUAUGUAAGUAAAUAGGGACAAAGUCAAUGUAACAUACUGAUAUAUGCAAAUAGAUAUUUAGGAAUUUGUGCAUUAACACUUGCAUACUGUUAACAUGCUGAUGGCAAAAUAUUGUAUAUAUUAAAUUGAAUAUUUAGUAGAGAAGUGAAAAAAUCAAAACAGUAUUCUAAAAAUUGCAAAAAUGAUGCAUACAUACCAUUAAUGUGCAAUUAGUAAUUGUGCCAUUAUAAUUUAUAAUAAAUGAUACACACUGUGAUCUAGAAGACACAAUAAAGAAUUGAUUUCUGUUGUUGUCCCUUGCAUAUAUGAUCUUGAGAAUAUUAGAAUUCUGAGACAGACAAUAUAGGCAUUAAUUUUGUAAAAGUAAUAAAAGCUAUAGAAUCUUAUAGACCUUCAGAAAUUGAGAAAAUAAAUCCAUCAGAGAAGAGA